GUCAUUCCUCGUCCCCCCCACCACGGAGGCCAGGGGGAUUCCCCCUCCUCGGACCUAGCGGUGAGGGGGCCCCGGAGCAGCAUGGCGGCGUCCGUGCAGCCUUAGGGGAAAGGGGGUUUGCUGUCGCUGCCCGGCGGGACGCUGACACGCCCGAGCUCUCUGCGACCCCGACGUCAGGAAGCGAGUCCUGAGAGGUGGGCAGCGCCAGUGAUUGGCCGCCCACUCCCAUCGGCUAGCGGCAGAGUCGCGAGUAACUCACCGGCAUGAGCAACAUCUACAUCCAGGAACCUCCCACCAACGGGAAGGUUUUAUUGAAGACUACAGCUGGAGAUAUUGACAUAGAAUUGUGGUCCAAAGAAGCUCCUAAAGCUAGCAGAAAUUUCAUUCAGCUAUGUAUGGAAGCCUAUUAUGACAACACCAUUUUCCAUAGAGUUGUACCUGGUUUUAUAGUCCAAGGUGGGGAUCCUACUGGCACGGGGGCUGGCGGAGAGUCCAUCUAUGGAGCCCCAUUCAAGGAUGAAUUUCACUCUCGAUUACGUUUUAAUCGGAGAGGACUGGUUGCCAUGGCAAAUGCAGGUCCUCAUGAUAAUGGCAGCCAGUUUUUCUUUACACUGGGCCGAGCAGAUGAACUUAAUAACAAGCAUACAAUCUUUGGGAAGGUUACAGGGGAUACAAUAUAUAACAUGCUACGAUUGACGGAAGUUGACAUUGAUGAUGAUGAGAGACCAAGGAACCCACACAAAAUAAAAAGUUGUGAGGUUUUGUUUAACCCUUUUGAUGACAUCAUUCCAAGAGAAAUAAAAAAGAAUAAAAAAGAGAAGCCAGAGGAGGAAGUAAAGAAAUUGAAGCCCAAAGGCACAAAAAAUUUUAGUUUGCUUUCAUUUGGAGAAGAAGCAGAGGAAGAAGAAGAGGAAGUAAACCGAGUUAGUCAGAGUAUGAAGGGGAAAAGCAAAAGUAGUCAUGAUUUGCUUAAGGAUGAUCCGCAUCUCAGUUCUGUUCCAGUUGUUGAAAGUGAAAAGGGUGAUGCAGCAGAAGAUUCAGAUGAUAAUGGAGAAUAUGAAAGUGGAGAGCAUGACGAAAGCAUUGAUGGUGAUGACAAGAACCUGAUGAGAGAAAGAAUUGCAAAAAAGUUAAAAAAGGAUACAAGUACAAAUGUUAAAUCAGCUGGAGCUGGAGAAGCGGAGAAAAAAUCACUUAGUCGCAGUGAAGAACUCAGAAAAGAAGCAAGACAAUUAAAGAGAGAACUCUUAGCAGCCAAACAAAAAAAAAUAGAAAAUGCAUCAAAACAAGCUGAAAAAAAAAGUGAAGAGGAAGAGGCUGCUCCUGAUGGUGCUGUUGCAGAAUACAGAAGAGAAAAGCAGAAGUAUGAAGCUUUGAGGAAGCAGCAAGCAAAGAAAGGAGCUUCCAGGGAAGACCAGACCCUUGCACUGCUGAACCAGUUUAAAUCUAAACUCACGCAAGCAAUUGCUGAAACUCCUGAAAAUGACGUUUCUGAAACAGAAGUAGAAGAUGAUGAAGGAUGGAUGUCACAUGUGCUCCAGUUUGAGGAUAAAAGCAGAAAAGUGAAAGAUGCAAGCAUGCAAGACUCUGACACGUUUGAAAUCUAUGAUCCUCGGAAUCCAGUGAACAAAAGAAGAAGGGAAGAAAGCAAAAAGCUGAUGAGAGAGAAAAAGGAAAGAAAAUAAAAAUGAGAGUAAUGAUAACCAGAUCUAGCUGGUAAUGUUCCUGUGUUAAAUGGCCCCAUAACAGCCAUUGUUCCCUAUAACAUCACUCAAGGGUGUGAAAAGAAGUAUUUUGAACCUGUUGUCUGGUUUUGAAAAACUAUUAUGUAAAUUGUGGAAAGACAUAAGCAGAUACUUUUGGUUAUUGAUAUAUGCUUUUAUCCCCUGUUGACCUUUUAUAUUGCUAAACUGAAAUAAAAUAACUUUCUUUCCAGUUUACACGUUAACCAUG